AUGGCCAUGACAGGUUUAGUCGAUGUUUUUGGGCAGAUGCAACUUCUAGACGUUGUUGUAUUUGAUACCACAUUCAACACGAAUCGAUACGACUUGACAUUUGCACCAAUGUUGGGAGUUAAUAACCAUGGUCAGACAAUUGUCUUAGCAUGCGCAUUUUUGAGCAAGGAAACGACUGAGUCGUUUGUUUGGAAGUUUGAGGAGCUUAAGAAAGCCAUGCCAGGUGGCGAACCUAAAACGAUCAUUACAGAUCAAGAUGCAGCAAUGGCCAUAGCGAUUUCAAUAGCCUUCCCGACUACAUUUCAUCGACUUUGCAUAUGGCACAUCACAUCAAAGUUCUCUGUUAAGUUACCACAUUCUGCUUAUAAGGAGUAUUGGCGUGAAUUUCAGAAAGCCAUAUGGGAUACUGACAAUAAGGAUGAGUUUGAUGCAAAAUGGAAUAUUGUGGUUACAAAGGCUGGUUUGACUGACCAUCCAUGGCUAAGCUCAAUAUUUGAUUUAAGGGAAUCUUGGGUUCCAGCCUAUGCACGACAAUUUUUUGCCGCUGGAAUGUCAAGCAGCCAAAGAGCAGAAGGUUCUCAUGGUUUUUUCAAGCAAUACAUAUCAAGGAGAAAUUCGUUGAUGGAUUUCAUAAUACGAUUUGAGAGGGCACUUUCUCAUCAACGUGAAAAAGAGUUAGUUGCUGAUCACGUAGAUGCAUUUGAAGUGGCUCAAUGUAUUCUACCGAUGCCAAUGAACAAACAAAUGGCUACCUUGUACACAAGGACAAUGUUUCAAAAGUUUGAGCAAGAACUAAUACAAAGUACAGCAUGUUUCCUAGAGCUCAAAACAGAGGAUGCUUCUAAAGUUGUCUUUAACGUGAGCGAAAGGAAAAAUUGGGAAACAAGAGUGGCAGAAGUCGUAUAUGUCAAAGAUUCUGACCACGCAUCGUGUAGCUGCAAAAGAUUUGAAUUUGUUGGAAUUAUUUGCAAGCACAUCCUAGCAUUGUUCAGAAGGGACCAGAUUGAAUAUAUGCCCGAUAAAUAUAUUUUGAAGAGGUGGAAGAAAACUGCGAAAUCUGGAUUGGUGUCAGAUGCAAAUGGCAACGAAAUUAAAGACUGUGCAGAUCCUGGUCUUUUAAUAAAGGGGUGUACAAUGUCUCGACUUGCUUCAGAUGUGGUUGAGGAUGCAUUAAUGAGUGAAGAAGGAUGUGAGCUACUGUCAGAGACUCUAAAAAGUUUGCAGGUGAAGUUGAAGUUGUUGAAGGAUGGACCAAGUAAUAACGAAGUUGGAGGGUCCAGCUCUCAAACACAAUAUAUGAAAGACCCUAAGAGAGUGAGGUGCAAGGGAAGGUCGAAAGGAGUAACGGGAGCAAAGGAAAAGGCAAUGAAGCGAGGGAUUAGACACUGUCGAGAGUGUGGACACAUUGGUCAUGAUAGAAGACAAUGCCCAAGAAAUUUGAACACACCGACAUCACCGUCGAACAAUGACGAAUCAACUCCAAUAGAUCGUAGUGACCCAUUAUUCGACGAAUUUGACAGGAUGCACGGACCAACUGAUUGA